CUGCCAGAAUCUGAUCCCAUGAAGCGGGUUUACCCCGGGACCUUAAAAAGUCGCAGCGAUUAGGCAGCCAGCGGCGUAAUCACGGGAUUGAUAACGAGGAUACCCGUGCGAACCCACCACAUGGCGAUCAGAUGGAACUUUUUUUUUCACGAGCAGCUUUCCGACAACGAGACAACGAGGAACGGCAUACUACACUCGGUGCGCAAGCGAGGACAGAAGCCCUCUACGAGCACGACCGCAAGAAAUGACCGUGUAGGACCGACGGGCGAUGGCCUGAGAAGUCGUGUCACCGGGCACCAGAACCCCAAGGAUUUCUAAACGUUCUUCGAAUGUUUCCGUGUUGCCGUAUCGAAGGGUGGAUGGCACGACCAUGUGGGGCGCGCUGUUAUGCAUGUAUAUAAGCACCGCGCGCACACGAUAGGCCCUGCGCUAGCUGAAUCGCGUGCCCAGCAGUAGCAUGCUCCCCCUCGCGCUCUCCUCUGCCUCUGCGGCGCUGCUCUUGGCUGCUGCCUCCACCGCCUCUGCCGCUGCACCAGCCCCGGCAGACCCGUGCUCAGCCGCGACAGCGUCAAAAUGGGUGUCGAGCAAGGUCGCGCAUGCGUGCGAGCUGGCGGUGCCGUUCAACCAGACGCGCAGCGCGUUCGUGAUCGACUCGGUGAUCAAGUCGCUGCAGUACUACUCGCUCGAGACGUGGUUCCGCGCGUCGCCGAACCCGCUCAUCCCGCACAGCGUGGACGUGCGCGCGCUGCUCCAGGGCGUGAACAAGACGACGAACACGAAGGGGUACAAGACGGACUGGGACUUUAACCUGGCGAUCACGGACGCUUACAACCGCGAGGCGGACGGCCACACGCUCUUCGCGGCGAGCUGCACCGAAUCCUUCAGCUGGAACCUGCCCUUCUCGAUCGCCACCUUGGCCGACACGCCCACGUCGCUCCUCGCGCACCCGACGUUCCUCGUGAACUACGACUUCCCGAACCAGGGCCGGUCGGGGCUCGAGGCGUACUUUGAGAGCAUCGGCGUGCACGUGCGCCCGUAUGACGGCGCGCAGGUGCUGUCUAUCAACGGUAUCGAGGCAGGCACGUUCCUCACGGCGCUCGCACAAGAGUCGAGCAUCUACAACGGCCUCGUCGGCGCAUACGAGACCCUGGGGCCCCGUUACAUGCGUCUGAUGGCCCGUUACUCGGCCGACACCGCUGCGGGGUUGUACACCCAAGAGGUCGGACGGUUCGGGAUGCGCGCUUUCUACCCUGGCGCAGACUCGGUGACGGUCACGCUGCUGACGAAGAGCGCGGGCAUUCAGACGAUCACAGUGCCCUGGGCCGCGACGCUCGUUGGUGGAGGCAACUCGACCGCGUCCUUCAUCGAGCAGAACUGCUUCAGCGUGCCGGGCCUCGUCGCAAAGCGGGAGGUGGAGCUGAAGAAGCGGCAGAAGCAGAUCAAGGCUCCGCCCAUGAACUUGCGCAAGGCUGUUGUCGCACCCGAUGCGCAGGCUGCAAUUCGUGAGAACGUCACGCCGCUGGCUGCUUCUGCGAACCUGGUUACGCCGAAUCUCACUUCGUUCGGUCACAUCACUACGCUCGACAUCUACCAGCUCAAGGACCACCCGAAAGUCGGCGUUGUAUACUUCCAGCAGUUUGAGCCCUCCGAUGGCACGGGCGCGCAAGCGUACUUCAACGGCAUGUCCAAUACCCUAUUCUCGGGUCUCAAUGCGCUCAAGGCUGCGGGCGUGGAGAAGAUCAUCGUCGACCAGUCCGGCAAUCGCGGUGGAUUCAUCUUCGCUGGCGCGAUCGCGAUGUGGUCGCUGUGGCCUAAGGACCUGUAUCCCGGAUUCCCCGCCGUGUUCCGCGAGAGCGACUUGAUCCGCCGCGAGGCCCAAGUCGCUGCUGAGUCGCAGCUUGGGGCUUCCGAGUAUUCGUACUUCUUCUACCGUGAUCUCAACAACGUGCUCCUGCAAAACAACUCGCAGUUCAUGGAGACGCCCGUGCCGCAGACGAUCAACGGCGUCAAGGACGCAUACUCGAAGCCGUUCUUCGACGACUUUGGCGACAACUCGAGCAGCGUGACGAGCUUUGUCGACCCGCCGUUCAACGGGACCGACAUCGUCUUCGUCGCCAACGGCAUCUGCGCGUCGACGUGCUCCGUCUUCAGCAGCUACCUGUUCCAAAAGCACGGCGUCCGCUCCGCUGUCUUCGGGGGCACGCCGAUCUCGCUCGUCUCCCAAUUCGACGGCGGCGUGAAGGGGUCCGAGGUGACCGACUACGGCAGCGUUCUGUCUGAGCUCGAGACGGCCGGCCUGCAGGACGAUCCGCAGGCGCCGCAGCCGCUGCCCAUCUUCGAGUCGUUCAGCCUGAACUUCCGCAAUGCGAUUCCGUACAUCGACAAGCAGGAUGGUAUCCUCGAGUAUGUGUAUGAGCCGGACACGAAAAAGUUCCAGUUCACACAUGAGACGUGGAACAGGCCCCAGGCCGUUUGGGAGUUUGUGGCAGACCAGUUCUGGGGCAAGAACUGAGGAUUAGGGAAGGCAUCUUCCUGUCGUAUACACGCGUAUCAGUUAAUUGAAACUUGUACACAUCAGCAUUGGUCGAGUCGGAUGUUGCGAGUGAUAUCGCAGGAAUCGGAACUGGCUUUGACACUACCUGUCAAACAAGCUCGCAGAUCCAGCGCCGGUGUGUGGAUGCGGCCUCUCGAGGAAAGGUUUUUCCUCAGUAAAUUGAGGUAAACCCGACCGUCGCCUACUCGGUAUCUUCUCACUCGAUGAUACUUUCAAUCGAUGGUUUCGAUGGUCCAGAUAGACAUGGACAUAAUGCAGUCAUUCCUGUUUCAGUGCAGUAGACUACCUGUUCUAUAUGUUGAGGAGG